AUCCAGUUCCCAGUUCAUGGCAUCAUCUCGUUCCGCUGAUAAAGCCCGACCUUCCUCUGGUGACCAGCUCGACCGGCCUGUCGAAUCCUCCCAAGACGGCUUAUAAGUGACACGCCCCCUGUCGCCUCGAGUCACUUUCCGAGGCUGCAUUGCCGUCGUCUUUUUGCGCUCGCAUCCUCGAACACUACAAGGCAACCGUCAUCAUGUCCGUCAACUUUCGAGACCGGGCCAUCGCCGAGGUCCAGAAGGCUAUUGCCGCGGACAAUGAGAAGGAAUACCAAAAAGCCUUCGAUCUCUACAUGUCGUCGAUGGAGCUGUGGGUCAAGGCUCUUAAGUGGGAGAAGAACAAGGCUAUCAAGGCCACCAUGCAGGAGAAGAUGGCGACCUACUUGGACCGUGCCGAAAAGCUGAAGCAGUUCUUGCAAUCCGAGAGCGAGGCCAAUGCCAGUGGCGGCAAGACGCCUAUGGGAGCCAAUGGAUCCAGCGCAGGAGGCAAAGCCAAGCCAUCAGCAGAGGACGAAGACAGCAAGAAGCUUCGCAAUGCGCUGUCAGGAGCCAUUCUCCAAGAGCGACCAAACGUGAGAUGGGAGGAUAUUGCUGGAUUGGAGGGCGCCAAAGAGACGUUAAAAGAGGCCGUCGUGCUGCCCAUCAAAUUCCCAAACCUGUUUCAGGGCAAGAGACAAGCGUGGAAGGGUAUCUUGUUGUACGGCCCUCCAGGAACCGGAAAAAGUUACCUGGCCAAAGCCGUCGCGACAGAAGCAAACAGCACGUUCUUCAGUAUCAGCAGUUCCGAUUUGGUGAGCAAAUGGAUGGGUGAGAGUGAAAGACUCGUGAAGCUUUUGUUCUCUAUGGCAAGAGAGAACAAACCGUCUGUCAUCUUUAUUGACGAGAUUGACGCUCUUUGCGGCCCCCGAGGUGAGGGUGAAUCUGAAGCUUCUCGACGUAUCAAGACGGAAAUCCUAGUGCAGAUGGACGGCGUCGGCAACGACAGCAAGGGCAUUCUUGUGCUAGGCGCAACCAACAUUCCUUGGCAACUGGAUGCUGCUAUUCGCCGACGUUUCCAAAGGCGUGUUCACAUCGGCCUGCCUGACCCCAACGGGCGAGCGAGGAUGUUCAAGCUUGCUAUUGGAGAUACAGACACUGCUUUGGAAGCUAGCGAUUUCAGCACCCUGGCAUCGUUGUCAGAUGGAUUCUCGGGAAGCGAUAUCAGCAACGUUGUUCAGUCCGCUCUCAUGAGACCUGUUCGGAAGAUUUUGCAAGCGACUCAUUUCAAGCCCGUAAUGAAAGAUGGCAAGAGAAUGUUGACGCCUUGUUCCCCAGGAGAUCCGGAGAAGAUUGAGAUGACGUACGACGAUGUCAAGCCGGAGGAACUGUCGGCUCCGGACGUGACACUCCAAGAUUUUGAGAUAGCUUUAGCUGACUCACAUCCGACAGUGUCCAAGGAUGACAUUGAGAAGCAAAUUGAAUGGACGAAUGAAUUUGGAAGCGAGGGAGCUUAGGCAAUGGGGCGUGUCUUUGAGAGUACAUGGCACAGCGGCGCUUUGAGGAGUUAGAGGGGCAUCUAGGCACUCUUUGCACAUACAAUGUUGAAUUCGGGAAUCGUAAUGCAUCUGUCUUACUGGAAAAGAAAAAGAAGCUGUUCAUAUUUGAUUCUUUUUAUGGUAGAUAGUGGGCCGGCAUCUUUGUAGGAUGUGAUUAAUUUUGAGUCCAAGAUGAAUUGGCAUUUGCUUGCAUGAUGAAAUCUAAGAUUGUAUGAUAAACGUUUCUCUGGUCAGAGAAGACGCAAGAAGGCUCAAAAGUGCGCACUGCAGUGGC